AUGUCUUUUCGCAGGAGGAAUAUCGGUCUAUCUACUGGCAUCCCAAGAGGUAGCUCCUCCAGCAUUUCUUCCGGCCAAGGAGAGCCUACCCCGCUAGGACUUCGGCCUUCGCCAGUUGAUGGUCGACAAACUACCUCUACUGGAACUUCCACCCUGGACAAUUUACUCGCAGGACACGGUGGUCUAGCGCUUGGGACAUCCCUUUUGAUUGAAGAAAACGGAACUACUGAUUAUGCGGGCGCAUUACUGAGAUACUAUGCGGCAGAAGGAAUUGUUCAGGAACAGCAUCUCCAUGUUAUUGGAUUUGGGCCCCCGUGGGCAGCGACUUUGCCAGGCCUGACCGGAGCAUCGGAAACAGCUGACGAGAAACCGAAAAAUGAAAGGAUGAAAAUUGCAUGGAGGUAUGAAAGGUUAGGGGAUUUUAGUGCAGGGAUCGUUCCUGCCAGAGCUCCUGCUCCGGCUGUAGAUAGAGGGCCACAGUCCUCAACUUCACCCCUACCGGCACCCGCUGUAUUCUGCCAUACAUUCGAUUUGACAAAGCGCCUGGCACACCCCGGGUUAUCUUCCAUACAUUUUAUUCCUCUUCCCCAAACCACACAUCCGGGCAAUCCGUUUUCGUUGGUAAUUCAGCAAUUAUCCGAAGCGAUAUCAACGUCCCCACAACAUACAGUCCACAGAGUAAUCGUACCAUCACUCUUGUCGCCCGCAUAUUACCCGCCCCUUGCUAGCAGGCCUGACUUUGUUCUCCAAUUUUUACAUUCAGUCCGAGCGCUAUUAUCCUCCUACUCAAAUCGUAUGACAGCGAUGAUAUCUCUGCCACUUUCUCUCUAUCCGCGGUCUUCGGGUCUUGUGCGAUGGAUUGAACUGCUGAGCGACGGUGUUAUUGAAUUGACGCCCUUCCCCCAUUCUGCAGAUUCAGCCUCGUCAACAGCUACCGGUGCUGCUACGGCACAAGAGGAACCACCUAAAGGAAUGCUUAAGAUCCACCGUCUUCCGAUUUUCCAUGAGCGAGGCGGAGGAGGAGAUCGGAACACUGGUGAAGACUGGGCCUUUAGCUUCAGCAGGAAAAGGUUUACAAUUAAACCCUUUUCAUUGCCUCCUGUAGACGGUGAUAAUGAAGCACAGCAGGGCGAUACUUCAUCCAAAACAGAUCUCGAAUUCUGA